AUCGACAGACGCAUUCAUCCUGCCACCACCGAAACAAACCCUAACUCUCCGAUUCUCCGACCAAUUUCAUCGGAUCCGAGUUUCGAACAGCAGUUUCCGCACGCCGUUUCCCCCGAUUGGAGAUGUUUCUAUCGCCUGGCCACUCUCCACGUCAUCUAUCAUCUCCAGCACCGUCUUCUCGCUCCGACGAUGGUCUCCAAUCGACGCCCUCCUCCUCGGAGAUCACGCCUCGUAACCCUAAAAAGCGGAUGAGAGUCCUCGACGAGGACGCUUACGUGGAAGCGAUCGAGAAGAUCAUCGAGCGCGAUUACUUUCCGGAUAUCACGAAGCUCAAAGAUCGUCUCGAUUGGAUCCAGGCGGUUAAAACACGUGACCCGGUUCAAAUCCGAGACGCUCAGUUAAAGAUCAUCGAGAGGCGUGGAAGAAAGAAAGCUAAUCAUCAUCACGGUGGGGUCACAGAGGGUAAGACUCAGACUCCUGGAUCUACUUUCUUGAGAAACUUCACUCCUUUAGAUGAUCUUGAUGGUAAGGCGACUCCUAGAACCCCUAGAGAAGAACCUAGCGGUGAAGUAGUUACUGAUGAAGGAGAUGUAGAUGUUAACAUGUCCUUAGAUGAGUUCUUUAGGAGGUACACUAGUGAGGAUAACGAUAGCUUCUCGAAGAUUCUUGAGAAGGUUAAUAAGAGGAAGAAGGAGAAGUAUAACUAUCUCCUUGAAGGUGAGAAGAAAGAUAGUGACUUGAUUGAGGACGUGAAGAGAGAUAGAAUCACUGAUGGUUACGGUACGUCUUAUCAGCCGCCGGAUACUUUAGAAGGGUGGAAAUACACAGCGAAGAAUCUUCUCAUGUACCAUCCAGCCGACCGCGGCGAGGCGGCGUUAACCGAGGAGGAGAGGGCUGUGAGGUUAGCUGGGUUGACUAAAGAGAUAGCUAAAGGGAACACUCGUUUUCAAGGGAAGAGUAUUGAUUCCAGGCCGAGGGAAGAUGGUUCCGUUGAGAUUCUCUACACUCCUAUCGCGGGUUCUUCACCUAUGCUGCAGGUUAGGGAUAGAGACAAGUCCAAGAGGUAUGAUCUUGAUGAUCUGAGGAAAACUCCGAAUCCUUUUUAUGUGGAGUCGGAUAAGAGGGCGGACAAUGGGUAUAGUUUUGUGAAAACGCCGUCUCCUGCACCUGGUCUUGAUGAAUCGCCUUUUAUAACGUGGGGUGAGAUCGAAGGGACGCCGAUGAGGUUGGAUCCAGAGGAUACACCUAUUGAUAUUGGUGGUAGCGCUGAUGGACCGCACUACAACAUUCCGUCUGCACCUGCGAGAGAUGUUACGGCGCAUUCUUUAUCGAGGGAUGCGUCGAGGAAGCUGAGGGAGAGGUCGAACAGUAUGUUUAAGAAGCCUCCGUUGCCGUUGCCGUCUCCUCAUCAUCAUCGGAGUGGGAGUGCGAGUCCGAAUGUUAGGACGCUUUCUCCGGCUGCUCAGAAGUUUUACAGACGGGCGAUAGGGAAAUCGUCUUCUAGUGGUGUUGAUGAGAGCCUUCGUGCGAGUUAUCGUGGAGCGAGUCCUGGUGGUGUGACUCCUAAGAGUGUGAGAAGUGCGUCUAGGUUCGGGAAAGAUAGGCUCACCUCUGGUUCAAGGUCGCCUUGAUAUUGUGCGAAUGUUAUGAUUAUACAUGUUGAAUGCUUCUGGUUCUCAUAGAGGCAACGAAGGUACUCUUCUUGUACUGCAUAAGCUGCUUGUGUGCCAAGUUCUGUUGACUCUUUUCAAAUUGAAUAUCUCUUGUCGCCUCUGUAAUUUUAAUUUCCACAGCUUCUCUGUUUUCUUUCUUCUUAGUAGCUCAUUUUAUGCUCCAACGCUGUUAUCAAUACUAGAACAUCAUCACAAUAUCCUCAUGUUGAGUUUGGGGUUUGCUCUCUUAAUAUCAGUACCCCUUUUGUGUGUA